CUGGGGAGCGAAAGGGCCGGGAGGUGGUGGGUGCUGGGAUGGCGGAGCAGAGGCGAAGGCUGGUGCGGCUGGCGGUGCUGGAGGAUCUGCGGGCCUCUUACGGAAUUAAGGUGAAGAGUGGGAGCUGCCUGGAGGCGGCCGUGCAACCCAGAGCGGCGUCUGCGGAGGGUAAAAUCUUUGGAAUAUCUUUUCAUGCAUUACCGCAAUCACUUGUGCCAGAAUAUGGUUAUAUUCCAAGCUUUCUUGUUGAUUCUUGUAAGUAUUUGGAAGAACACAUUCAGACUGAGGGACUCUUCAGAAAGUCUGGAUCUCUUGCUCGUUUAAAAGCUUUAAAGAGUAAACUGGAUCAAGGUGAAAACUGCCUCUCAGCUGCACUGCCAUGUGAUGUUGCAGGGCUUCUUAAACAGUUCUUUAGAGAGCUGCCAGAACCCAUCCUUCCACCUCACCUGCAGGAAGGCCUGUUCAAAGCUCAGCAGCUAGGAAAUGAGAAGAAAACUGCAACUGUGUUGCUGUCAUGUUUGAUGGCUGACAGAACAAUCCAAGCUUUGAGAUACUUUUUCAACUUUCUGAGAACUGUGUCCCUAAGAUCCAAAGAAAACAGAAUGGAUAGCAGUAAUCUGGCAGUGAUUUUUGCUCCCAACCUCUUGCACUCAAAUGAAAAUGAAAAGAUGUCAGCCAGUACAGAAAAAAGAAUUCGCUUGCAAGCUGCUGUUGUGCAAACACUUAUUGACCAUGCAUCGGAAAUCGGGCAAGUACCAGAAUUCAUCUUGGAAAAGAUUCCUGCAGUCUUAGGUGUUGAUUCCUUUCGAUCUACUCCCUCACUGUGGGGCCAUGAAGAUGGUGAAAAUGAAUCUCCUAGUGAAUGCAAGAAGAGGAGGCACCAAAGUGUUGGGGAUAUUGUUAGUGGUGCAUUGAAUAAAUUUAAAUCUAACAGAACACCAUCCACUACACCACAACAAGACAGAAGCGUCCUUUCAUCUGUGACUCCGGUGGUUCUUACUCCAAGUACCAAACGUAAACUUCCAUCUGACUGCCCUCAGGGCUUGUCCAGCAAGAAGAGACGAUCUUUAAAGCAUAGUUUUGCUUUUGAGUUGUUACCAAGUAGCAUUUUCACCAGCAGCUCGACACCAGCAUCAGUUCAUUCUGAAGCAAGCCCAUGUGUGUGUCUUGAGUCAUCACAAGUCUCACUGUCUCCUUCAACUGCUGGUGAAAAUCAAUUGUCUAGUACAGGGAACAGAAGAAGUAAAAGACAUGCAAGCAAAAAAUUAUACAGGGCUGAAUCAGGAAAGACAGGUUGUUUUUCUCCAAAGAUUAGCCGAAAAGAAAUGGUUCGUAGGUCGUUACGCUUGAAGUUUGGUUUGGGAAAAAGCAACAGAGAAAUGAAUAUUGUAUCAGGAUGUGCAGUUGGUAAUAGAUCUGAAAAUAUUGGAAGGCGUCUUGCAAGUCAACAAGGUUUGGAAAACAGAACUGAAUGCGCAAAAAAAGAUGUACUCUUCAGCCCAUGUGUCAGUGAAAAAUUCCCUAAGAAAGGUUCAAAGAAUGUGAGCAAGUCAGAAGAAAACUUGCUAACUCCAAAAUGUCACAAUAAAGUAGUUAAUCGAAUGUCGUGGAAUAGUCCUACUGUUGCAGAUUCUCAGGUGAUCAGCAGGAAUGAGGAGAUUCUGCCAGGACACCCUAAAACGGGAAUCAGUUCUUCAGAAUCCGUUUUGGUAUUUGGAAAGCCACCAUUAAUUUCAGAUGAAUUCAAAUUCACAGCUGCAAGCAAACAAGACAACAGCUUGCAACUUAGUGAAGAGGAAAGUAAUUUGACUGCAGAAACACUGCUGAAAGUAAAGCAAGCUUUCUCUGCAUCUGGAAGUAAUUUUCACAAUUUGAGGGGUGAUACAAAGUCUUCCUUCUCAGAUGCAGCAGAUGAAACUUUAAAGGAAACCUUGUGUGUCAGUGGGAUCAGUCCAAAGAAAGAAUCGUUAGCAGAAGAAGUUUCUGAACAUCUAGCGAAUACAAAAUCCAGAGAGAUGUCCCACCAAUUUAGUCAAUCUUAUGCUGUUGAUAAACACCAGUCAAAAAAAGAUGAAAUUAAACUUUUGGGAGAAAGAAGCUUCACAACUUCUAUUGAGAUUGAACUUCAGGUCCUGAAGCCAGUUAUAAAAAAUGUAACAGAACUUCCUGUUCCGCAAGUACCGGCCAGGGAAGACAAGUUGGCUGUUCAGAACAGUUCAUCAAAAGAUGACUUAAAUAAAUUAGAUUCCUUUGGAAGAAAAGAGGAAACAGAAUUAAUGCACUCACAAACAGCUGAAAACUGUAUGCUAAAAUGCUGUAAUGUGGAAGAAGGUACUGCUAAAUUUCCUAUGGCUGGACAGCUUCCUAUUUCAGAGUUACGUAAAUUGCAAACUGAAGUAGGCAACCAGUACUUGCAAGCUGAAAAUUCUGAUAAAACUUUAACUAAGCCAUCAACUGUUUCUGACCAUGGAAAGGUUUCUGACCACAUACAAUGGUUCAACAAGCUUUCAUUAAAUGAUCAGAGUUCUGCAAGCAAAACUAAACCACCUCUUAAGUUUCAACGUACUCCUGUUAGGCAGUCUGUAAGAAGAAUCAAUUCCUUAUUGGAGGCUAACAGACGAUCUGUAAGCUCUCAGCUGCUUAAAGCGAGUGAGGUUGGUUCACCACUUGUUAAGUCUUUGAGUUAUGAUUCUGCACUAUUGUCCUGCACAGAAAAGCCCUCAAAAGAUUCUUUGGCUUUGCUACUCAGGAGUGAAAGUACAUAUGACCAAGUUUGUGUAUCGCGUAAGCAGCUAGACUUAACAUCCAAAUCAUGUGGCAGGCUGUUAAAUCCAUCAGACAAUCCUGAUGUUUCUGUCAGAACUGCUGGAAUCCAUGAACAGAAAGUGACUGUUCAUCCAUCAAAGCCUGUUCUAGAGGAUCUAACCAAUCAGAGACCAGUGAAAUCCAGUUUAAAAGGUAAUGCAAAUAUAAAUAUUCCAGAAAAAUCUACAAUCGCAAGAGGUGCUCCAGGAAAAGAAAGAGUUUGUUACAGAGGCUCUCCAAAGAAUCCGAUAUCUAAAGUGAAACUGCUACCAGCUGCAAAACCUAUAGACUUGUGAGAUCAAAUAUGAUGGUUAAUUUGGCUUAUUGUAACUUGGUUAACCUCUGGAAAAUCUAAAUUUGUAUGAUUAAUGUUUUAGCUCUAUUUGUUGGUGGGGUUUUUUUGGU